AUGGCGGCCCUGCACGCUGCCAAGCGAGCCCUGCGCGCGGAGCUGAAGCGCCGCCUCAGAGCGCUGAGCGAGGCCGAGAAGCUGCGCCAGUCGCGCCUGCUGGGCGACAAGGUGGUGGGACAUUCUCGGUACCAUGCAUCGCAGCGCAUUGCGGUCUUCCUGAGCAUGCCGGAUGAGGUCCAGACAGAAGAAAUCAUUAAGGACAUUUUUCAGCGAGGCAAAGAGUGUUUCAUUCCACAGUACAAGCCUGGGGGGAACUACAUGGACAUGGUAAAGUUGGCUUCCUAUGAAGAAAUUGCUUCUCUCCCUCUGACUCCUUGGAACAUCCAUCAGCCAGCUGAAAAUGAUGUCAGAGAAGAAGCUUUAUCCACAGCAGAGGGUCUUGACCUCAUGGUUAUGCCGGGACUUGGUUUUGACAGAACUGGCAACCGACUAGGAAGAGGAAAGGGAUACUAUGAUACGUACCUGGGCAGGUGCAUGCAACAUCCCAAAGGAAAACCUUAUACCAUUGCCUUGGCUUUCAAAGAACAAGUAUGUGAUGUGGUCCCUGUAUCCGACAAUGAUGUGAAAGUUGAUGAAAUCCUCUUUGAAGAUAGUAACCAGUGACUAUGGCAAACAACUCACCAGCGGCUAUUCUUUUUAAUGAGUUCCCAAAUCAUCACUGGAUCGCUGUAAUAUUAAGUACUGACCUGCAUCUGUGAAUGGCCCGCUAGAGAUCACAUGACUUAAAACUCAACUGGGUCGGUUCCACUGAGCGUGCAAUAAAUAUAAUUUUCUUUGACA